CAAAGUAAAACGACGACGCUUUAUGACAGUUUGAGUCCGACUGACCCUCACUCUGCUUAUACCCGUAGGUCCUGAAACUCCUAGAACAAUCGCCGCCGGCUACGCUGCCGCCGACUUCAUCUCCGCCGGUCUCCAGUGCUCUGGUUCCAUAAAUGCUUGUGGUGGCUACAGAGGUGGAGACAAUGGUCGUGGUGGUAGCCGUGGCAACAAACCACUUUGUCAGUUGUGUGGUAGAGCUGGUCACACUGCAAUAAAAUGUUUCCCUCGUUUUGACCUGAGUUUUUAAGGUUCAGAAUAGCUUGGCUCUCCUCUGGCUUUUGUUACUGAUGCUUGUCAUGGUGAUGAAGAUGCUUGGUACUUGAAUAGUGGUGCAAUUACAGCUGAGUCACAUAAUCUAACCAACAAAGUUGAUUACAAGAGCAAGCCAAAACUCACUGUUGAUUUAUAUUUGCAGUAUUUUGGCGCGAAAACAUGUAACUGCUUCUGUGUGAUAACUAGUGAUUCAUAGAAAACCCUAAUCCCCAAAUUAACUAUGGCUUGGAGCUUUGUCCUCUCCAAGACGAGACCUUUAAACACCUCAACCUUCAGCAUCUUCAAUCUCAGACCCUACCUUUCCAUCUUCACUUCCAAUUUCUCCACCUCCUUCCUCAUCACUAAAACCCCACAAAAAUUUAAGAAGCGGAAGAAGAAGGAGAGCCCUAGAACUACAUUGGUCCAAACAGAGCCCAACCGAAUUCCAGCACUGGAACACAUUGUCGAGCGCGAUGCCUUCUUUCGAUUCCUCAUCAAGUCCAAGGAGUUCCUCUCCAAGCAACCCCAACACGUUCUCCGCCUCGAUGAUGCCGGGAAGCUUUAUCGCGAGCUUGGAUUUCCCCGUGGCCGAAAGGUUGCCCGAUUCAUACAACGCCAUCCUCUGAUUUUCGAGACUUAUCGCCACGACGACGGCAAAAUUUGGCUCGGGUUCACUGAUUUCAUGGAGGAGCUUCUGGAAGAGGAGCGAGCUAUUAUGGAUUCCAUGGAGUUGGAUAGGGUCGAUAAGGUACGCAAAUUACUUAUGAUGUCUGCUGAGAAGAAGAUUCCUUUGAGCAAGAUUUACCAUUGCAGGUUGUUGUUUGGGAUUCCUGAUGAUUUUAGGGAUCGAGUUGCAAAAUACCCAAAUUACUUUCGUGUUGUGGUUGAAGAUGGUGGGAAGAGAGUUCUUGAACUAGUUAAUUGGGAUCCAAUGCUGGCUGUGAGCGCACUCGAGAAAGAGUUUAUGCUGGAUGAGGAUAAGGUUAAGAGGGCAUUCAAGUUUGCGGUGAAGCACGGCAAGGAUUUGGAUCUGGAUGAAGACGAUACGAGGAAGCUCAACUUGUUGAAUACACUUCCUCUGGUGUCUCCUUACUCAGAUGGUUCAAAAUUGGAUCUUUGGACUUUGGAAGCAGAGAAGUACAGGGUUGGGGUCCUUCACGAGUUUCUGAGCUUGACAUUGGAGAAAAGGGCUUCCAUACACCAUGUUGUCGAGUUCAAGGAAGAGUUUAGUUUGACCAAGCAUACCUAUCAAAUGCUUUUGAAGCAACCCAGAACAUUUUAUCUUGCAGGAACUGAGAUGAACUGGGUUCUUUUCUUGAAAGAUGCUUACGAUGAAAAUGGUGUGUUGAUAAAUAAAGAUCCACAAGUGGUUUUCACUGAGAAGCUGUUUAAGCAUGCUCAAAUGCAGGAAAGAUAGCCCCAUUCUUUGGACUCUCUGUGAAGUAGUUUCAUUUUGUAAUCUUCAUGUUCGGACUCUGGUUCUUGCGGUUUUAGGAGCUACAGGGCCAACUGAGUUGAUGAAAAUCACAGUCUUAUGCUAUGUUGGACAUGAAAAUAGGUAAUUUAACUUGAGUCCUGACAUGGGUGUAUCUUGUUUCUGAAUGAUCUAAUAGAGAAUGGUGUUGUGCUCAAACCUUUGAUAUGAAAAUGUUACCAUACUUUGUACUCUA